AUGGAUGCUAUGGAAGAUCCGCUGAACGGCGAUGAUAACGCCGGAAAUGAAUUGGGCAGCAGUGAUGCCGCAUCGGACGUUUGGUCGCCGGAUGUGGAAGGAGCCCUGCAAGAAGCCUUGCAGAUUUACCCGCCGUGCGGACGUCGCAAGAUAAUCUUAUCGGAGGAGGGCCUAAUGGAUGAUAUGGAAAGUCUGCAAAACGGCAACGAUAGCGCCGAGACUGAACUGGUCAACCGUGAUGGCGAUACAGGCGUGUGGUCGCCGGAUGUGGAACAGUGCCUCCAGGAGGCGCUGCAGAUCUACGCGGCAUGCGGACGCUGCAAGAUCAUCUUGAGCGACACGGGCGCGAUGUACGGCCGCAACGAGCUUAUCGCCCGCUACAUUACAGCGCGAACGGGAAAAACUCGCACCACCGGCCAGGUGUCCAGUCACCUGCGGGUGCUGGCGCGCCGAAUGUCUAGAGAACUGCCGUCUCCAUGGCGGGAGCAGCUUGUCCGAGAGGAAGCCCUGCAGGACCUGUCAACGACGUCAACCACAGUGGUGCCCAAUGAGAAGGCGGAAGCUGCCUGUGUAUUUCCAGCCGGGAGGCUGUCCGGGACCCACAGGGCCCCCACGGGUGUCCGGCUGUUUCUCUCUCUGAUGGCCGUGGUUUUUGUGCUCAUUCCGCUUGCUAGUUUUUUACGCCCCACACAACACGACUGA